AUGUUGAGAGCAGUGGGACAGAGACAGGCGAUUACAAAAAGCCUAACAAGCUCGACGAGAUUAUUCUCCACCACCGGCUUACUCAAGAAUGCUUCAUCACCAUCGUCAUCGUAUCGGGGUACACCAGACGCAGACAGUGAGUCCCACACGGGUAAAUACGUAACAACGGUGUCGAAGCCAUACACAGUGACCACCUAUGCGCGGCCCAACUUGGUCCUAACGCACGGCAAAGGCUCGCAUAUAUACGAUUUGGAAAAUCGCGAAUACAUAGAUUUCACCUCGGGUAUAGCCGUGACGUGCCUAGGCCAUGCGCACGAAGGUAUAGCCAAGAUCAUCCAGGACCAAGCAGAGAAAUUGUUGCAUUGUUCUAAUUUGUACUAUAACAUGCCCGCGGGUGAGUUAGCCAAUAAGUUGGUUACCAAGACUAGAGAGUUUGAAGGGAUGCAGGAUGCGCUGCGGGUGUUCUUGUGCAAUUCGGGAACUGAGGCCAAUGAAGCUGCGAUGAAGUUUGCUCGUAAAUAUGGUAAGCUGGUUAGUGGCGGGGGCCAGGGCGACGCCAAGGUGGAGUUUAUUACUUUUGAAAAUUCAUUUCAUGGCAGAUCAUUGGGAGCAUUGUCGCUCACUCCCAAUCCCAAGUACCAGGCACCUUUUGCGCCUUUGAUCCCCGGGGUCAAUGUUGCUAAGCCCAAUGACAUUGAGAGCGUCAAGAAGUUGAUUUCCAAAGAGAAAACAUGUGGGGUUAUCAUUGAGCCGAUACAAGGUGAAGGUGGAGUCAAUACCGUUGACGAGCAGUUUUUGAUUGAGCUCCGCAAGUUAUGUGAUGAGAACGACGCGGUGUUGAUCUACGACGAGAUCCAGUGUGGCUUGGGGAGGUCGGGCAAAUUGUGGGCGCAUUCCCACUUGCCGCGUGAAGCCAACCCCGAUAUCGUGACCAUGGCUAAAGCUUUGGGCAACGGCUUCCCCAUUGGCGCCACUAUGAUCACGGAGAAGAUUGAAAACGCAUUGAGCGUGGGCGACCACGGCACCACCUAUGGUGGCAACCCGUUGGGAUCGCGAAUCGGCGCCUACGUGGUUGACCAAAUUGCCAAUGAAGAGUUCUUGAACGCCGUCAAUUCCAAAUCGGAGAUGUUCACUGCGAAAUUGCAAGAGUUGGCCGAUGCGUACCCGGACAAGAUCUUGAAAGUUAAAGGCAAAGGCUUGCUUUUGGGCUUGCAGUUUAAGGACGAUGUCGACAUAAACAAGAUUGUUGCUAGAUGUAGAGAGAAUGGCUUGUUGAUCAUCACUGCGGCCAUGAACACGAUCCGGUUGGUUCCUGCUUUGAACAUCCCUGAAGCUGACAUCAAAGACGGCCUCAAGGUAUUGGAACACUGUAUCGCAUCUACUUAG